AUGCUUUCACCCCUUCCUCCUGAACGUGCUGAUUAUGAUCGUGGGGCAACAGUUGAUAUUCCUCUUGAUAGUUCCAAGGAUUUGAGAAUGAAGGAGAAGGAACUCCAAGCUAAAGAAGCAGAACUAAAGAGGAGAGAACAGUUGAGCAUGUAUGUGUCCUUAGAAGUGCAGUUAUCUGUAAAUUUGGACCGGGAAGAAGAAAUAAAAAGGAGGGAGGAUGCUGCAGCACGAGCUGGAAUUGUUUUUGAGGAGAAAAAUUGGCCACCAUUUUUUCCUAUCAUUCAUCAUGACAUUGCAAAUGAAAUUCCGAUCCAUCUACAGAAGUUGCAGUAUGUUGCAUUUACAACAUUAUUGGGUUUAUUUGUCUGCCUUCUGUGGAACAUGAUAGCAGUUACCACAGCCUGGAUCGAAGGGGAAGGUCUGACAAUCUGGUUUCUUGCUAUCAUCUACUUCAUAUCGGGGGUUCCAGGAGCCUAUGUGUUGUGGUAUCGUCCUCUUUAUCGUGCAAUGAGGACUGAUAGUGCCCUGAAGUUUGGGUGGUUUUUCUUGUCUUACGUGUUUCACAUUGGCUUCUGCUUCUUUGCUGCAGUUGCUCCGCCAAUUAUUUUUAAGGGGAAAUCACUAACAGGAAUCUUGCCAGCAGUUGAUGUUUUGAGUAAUCAUGCUUUAGUUGGGAUCUUCUAUCUCAUUGGCUUCGGAUUUUUCAGCCUUGAAUCAAUGAUCAGCAUCUGGGUUAUCCAGCAAGUAUACAUGUACUUCCGAGGCAGUGGCAAAGUUGCAGAGAUGAAGCGUGAGGCUGCAAGAUCGACAAUGAUGUCAGCACUUUGA